CCCCCUGCGCCGCCCCGGGCCGGGCCGCAGCCGCCAUGCCCCCCGGGCCGCCCCGCGCCGCGCUCCGCCUAUGGCUGUGCUGCGUCUGCCUCGCGCUGGUGCAGGCGGACAAUCCUUCGGCCCCAGUGAAUGUCACCGUCAGGCACCUCAAGGCCAACUCUGCAGUGGUGAGCUGGGAUGUCCUGGAGGAUGAGGUCGUCAUUGGAUUUGCCAUAUCUCAGCAGAAGAAGGACGUGAGGAUGCUGCGCUUCAUCCAGGAGGUGAACACCACGACUCGCUCGUGUGCCCUGUGGGACCUGGAGGAGGACACCGAGUACAUCGUGCACGUGCAGGCCAUCUCCAUCCAGGGCCAGAGUCCUGCCAGCGAGCCGGUGCUGUUCAAGACGCCCCGAGAGGCAGAGAAAUCGACCAAGAAUAAAGAUGAAGUAACCAUGAAGGAGAUGGGGAGAAACCAACAGCUGCGGACAGGCGAGGUGCUCAUCAUUGUCGUGGUCCUGUUCAUGUGGGCCGGUGUCAUCGCCCUCUUCUGCCGCCAGUAUGACAUUAUCAAGGACAAUGAACCCAAUAACAACAAGGAAAAAACUAAGAGUCCAUCUGAAACCAGCACCCCAGAGCACCAAGGAGGGGGUCUUCUCCGCAGUAAGAUAUGAACAACGGUUCAGUGCUGGCUCUGGGCAGCUCGAAGACAGACAGUAGAGAAAGUGAGAGGAUCUCCUGGUACUGAGGAUUAGCCAACAAACAUCUGGCCCACUCUACAUCUUCUCCCUUUCAUCUCCUUACACCCUGUGGCUUACUGUCCUCUCUCUUGGCUUCUCUCUUCCUGAAGCCUCUUCUUAAACUCCAUCUCACUGCCCUCCAGCACCAGUGACUAUGCCCAGAGGCAGAGCUGCAGGAGGGGAGAACAACCAGAUGGCUGUGCCUGGGGUGCAUGGGGGCUCUAGGCACUGUAGGCUUAGGGCCAGCCCUGGCCAUUCAGUGAAGCGGAAAGCUGGGCUGGAGAAGGCUGCAGCCAGGCUUGAAGGCAGGGCUACUCUUUCCUGGCACAAGGGCCCAGAGCCUGGUUGUGUAGGCUGCAGCCCGGCUGUUGGUUUUCUCCUGAGUCCUCUCCCUGUUUCCAUCAAGCUUGCAAGAAAUCUUAUCUACUCAGUUAUUAGCCCUGGCCGCUUCUCUCUUUUUCCUCCCGGUUUCUAAAUAAGCCCAUAGCAAACAGCACUGAAGUGUGACUGUCUGUCUGCAGGGAGAAGGAUUUCAUUUGUCUUCUCGGCUGGUCCCAGGUCCACAGGCACAGGGAGAAGGAGGUGGCAGUGGGGGAGGCUAUGCUCUCUUCAUUGCUCUCUCCACCACCCCCUCACAUCCUGGUGAAGGAAGCUGAACUAUAAACCCAAAUUCUGCAAAAAAUAAUAAUAAAAGAACAAGCCACAAAACUCCAAGGCUUGGGUCGGCCCCAUUCUGGAAAAGGCAAAGCUGCAUGACACACAGCCUCCUUCCUGUCUCUCCUGGACUGUCUUCCUCUUUGAGAAAAUGCACAAAGCUCCUGGGAGCUGGCUGGCACCGGGAUGGCCUUGUGUUGUCUUUUGAGCUAAGCACCAUCAGGGAAGCUUUGGGGCUACUGUCAGGCCUUUUCUGAAUUCAGCCAUCAAGGACUUGAGUGUGGUGAUUCACAACAUUGCAAGUAUACUAGAUGUUGUCUGUCUUGUCUCUUGGAAACCAAUGAAGGGCUUCAUCUUAAAAGACAAGAGGGACUCCCCCAAAUUGCUUCUCUGCGUCUUCUAUUUUCUUUGGUUAUUUUGACUGUAAGAUCAUUAGUCAGGUCAAAAGAAGACAAAAUAGGAAAGAGACUUGGAAGGUAGAAUAUUGGCCCCGAUUCUUUAAGAAGAGUCCCUUGGUGGUGUGACAGUGUUGGCUUGGAAAACUGGAAAUGUCCAUCCACAUGGCACAUCCCAGGGGCUGCUAGCUCACUGUCCAUGAAUGGAAGCUGCUGGAAGGCAGGCCUGAGCCACUCACCACAGAGAGAAUAGCUUUGGCCUCUGGGGUCUCCAUAUCUUGCCAUUUCACCCAAGAUUCUAUGAGAGUUCCCCAGGUCCCUCAUGUUUAUCCCUGGAGCCUGAGUGGUGAGGUGACUGGUCACUCGCUCCACUGCACCUUUCUGGUCUGAAACAAAUGGUGCUCGCAGAGAGAAUGCGGACUGACAGGUUCUGGUUGCCGAGUGCCUGCAUGGGAAGAAUUGGACUUCUGCAUCUUCCAGGUGGCUGAGGCCAGGCCUGUGGGAGCACUGCACCUUGCCGCAGGUGCACAUAGGUGCUCAGUGACUAUGUCAAACUGGAUGAUUGAUAUAAUGGCCCCCAAGCCAGAGAGCUGCAAGCCAUCACCCAGUGAACACCAUUUCCUUUCUGUCUGCAAGAGCUACCGGCUGGGUCGGCUGCCACUCUGCUUUGCCCGGGUGUGGCGGCACCGGGAGGAAGGAGAGGUGGGAGUUGGCAGAUGUCAGCCAACUAAGGGCUUCCUCAUGGGAGGGCAUGAGGCUCCAUGCAUCGUCUUGUGACUUCCAUCCCUGCUGAAUGGGGCUGCAAGGCCACACUCCUUAGUGGAGAUCCUUUACCUCUGAUCCAGUUAGAGCAAUAACCACUUUUUAAAUGUAAAAAUAAAAAGACAAAUGAAAAGGCA